AAUCCCUCAAGAAGAAAUCCUAUCAUCACUGUCCAGGUUGGAUAAGCAGAAGGGGCAAAUACACACGUAUUAUACAUGCAAAGAGAAGGACUGCCAUUCUCUUUCAGAUCCUUCAGGUGGUGCGUUUAAGUUUAACAAAGCUUCUACGGCCUCGGGAAGUCAAAUUCACAAAUUUCAGCAUGGAUGGUUGUUCCAAAGAUCUGAAAACCAUGAUGUCUAUGAGCCUUCUACUGGAGUUUGGUGGCUGGCCUUCCAAGAAAAUGUUGGGAUGUUUUGUUUGCUGUGCAGACUCCAUGAUACAUGUACGAAAAGAAACAAGGACUACACGUGGAACACCAAACCAUGUGUUAGAAUGAUAACUCAAGCCAUUCAGCUGCACUUCAAUAGUGACAUGCACCGUUCUGCAAUUGAAAAGGAGCAUCUCAAGCAAAUUUCCCCUUUCCAGGAAGAGCAUGAAUCAAGGAAGCAAUGUGAAAAUGAAGUAUUGAACAAAGUCUUUAUGUCCAUCUACUGGUUGGCAAAAGAAGAGAUUUCUAACACAAAACUUUUGUCCCUUUUAAACUUGAUGGAACGGGCAGGUUUACAAAACCUCAAACAUUUUACAUAUACUGGGGAAGGUACACUGCAAGAAAUGUUUCUCAUUCUAGGGCAAGUUGUGAAGGACAGAGUAACUGAAAGAGUGAAUAAGUCCAAAUUUUUUGGCUGUCUUGUUGAUGAAGUGACAGACGUUUCUGUUCUUCAACAGUUUGUCACUUUUGUUAAGUACGUCCAUGAGGGGAAAAGCAGGACUGAGUUUUUGCACACAGGACAUCUGUCUGAAGCUACAGGUAAAGCACUUGCAGAAUCCCUUGAAGGUAUCCUGGAAAAAUGUUCUCUUCACAUUUCGAAGAUGAAGUCUGGUGUUUCUGAUGGGGCCAAUGCAAUGCUUGGGGCACAUAAUGGAAUGGUCGCACACAUCCAAAAGAAAGUCCCUGACCUUGUUAGCAUUCACUGUGUGUGUCACCGGUUGGCAUUGGCGUGUCUCGACACGUGCAAAGAACUGACGUACUUGCUGACUGUGGAAAGAUUGCUGAAUCAAGUGUGGAAAUUUUACGACUACUCUCCUAAGAAAACGGCCAAGUUAGUGAUGGUACAAAUGGAACUUCUUAAGCUCCUUCCUACUGAGCAAAUGGUGCAGGCCAAGAAGAGAGUAAAGAAAGCCAAGAAAGCAGCAGCAACUAGAUGGCUUUCACACAAGGCUUCAGUGGAAUCUAUGAAGCAAGAGUUUGUGGCGCAUAUUACUGUGUUUGAUUUCUUUAAAGAAUCAGAUGCAACAGCAUGUGGUUUGUUAACCCAGACUCGGAAUCACAAGGUUAUUGGUGCAAUCUACAUCAUGGAUGCUGUUUUGCCUCCCCUGGCGAUCCUCAGCAAAGCUUUUCAAUUUGGGGAACUUAGUUUUGAUGCAAUUCCUUCAGCAAUUUCUGCCUGUAUAGCAAAGUUGGAAAAGUUGUGAGUGAGAAAGAUGAAAU